UGAACAUCAGCGCCUAUUGGCUGUAAAGUUGUCUUAGCAAGAUUUAAAAGAACAUCAUGAAGUCGCAAAAUAAGUCUGCCGGUGUACUCAAGAUCCACAAAAAUGCCAGCAUUGCCAGCUCGCAGACAGCGACCCAGGACAUAGGCAAGGAUUCGUAUCAGCGACAUGUGUCGCAAUUUGUUGUGGAUGUCAAGCGAUGCAGUGAGACGGUAAGAAAAUUGGAACCGUUUUUGUGUUCAUAGAGCUGAAGGAUGAGGAUCGCACGCUUCUAUUGCCGCUUUCCUAUACACAGAUGGCCGAUAGAGCCCAUUGAACUCAGCUAUGUGGGGAUCCAGCUGAAGCGUGAAUGUCUCCAGUUAAUCCAACUUUUUGUACUGCGAAAGAUCGAGGAAGGCUGGCGUGUCGCUGUUCCCGGCAAACAUGGCUAUACAUUGUCCAACAUAAGCGACUCCUACGUGGCCUGCGAUCAGGAGUGCAAGGACUGCAAGGAUCAGGAGUCGAAGUGGCCGAUUUGCAAG